ACUCUUCUAACUCCUUUUCUUCCAUAGCGUGCCGCGUGUAAGGUUUUUGCAACGAGAAAAUAUUUUAAUUAUGGAGUCGGACGAAGAGCAUUUUAAUACUGGUGACUCUGGAGCAGCCGCAACGUACCCAAUCCAAUGCUCAGCACUGCGCAAAAAUGGAUACGUGAUGCUUAAGGGACGCCCUUGCAAAAUUGUCGACAUGUCCACCUCGAAGACGGGCAAACAUGGUCACGCCAAAGUCCAUCUUAUUGGCAUUGACAUAUUUACACAGAAAAAAUAUGAGGAUAUUUGUCCCUCCACGCAUAAUAUGGAUGUGCCCCAUGUCAAACGCGAGGAUUAUCAACUCAUCACUAUUAGUGAUGAUGACUACCUUUCAUUGAUGACCGAAACUGGAGACCUCCGUGAGGAUCUCAAGUUGCCUGAGGGAACAUUGGGAACUACUCUGCGCAAUGACUCCGAUGCUGGCAAGGAUAUUCUUUGCACCGUAAUGAAAGCCUGCGGCGAAGAAUGCGUCAUUGCCAUCAAAAACAAUACUGCUCUUGAUAAAUAAAUACGUAUAUGAUACUGGGCAAUGAUGAGUCUGUUGUUCACCUAUUCAACAUAAAACUGGAAGAGUACAGAUAUAAUGAAGUAAUAUCAAUAAAAUGAUUCAACAAAAGAAA